AUGCGGCUCCUCCCCGGCGUCCCCGCAUCAGCGUCUGCUGCGUCCUCCCGCCUCAGGCUCCCGCGCAUCCCCUUCGCCCGCUCGAGUUCCGGAAGCAUGGCGGCGAGCGCCGCCGCCUCGGCAUCAUCCUCUUCGUCGUCGGCCAAGGCCGGCGACGGCGGCGCGGCCCAGAAGCCGUGGCUGUUCGUCGGGCUCGGGAACCCCGGAAGGAUGUACAGGGGGACUCGCCACAACGUUGGGUUUGAACUGAUUGAUGCCAUUGCAGAAGCUGAGGGGAUAUCUAUCACCAGUAAGCACUUCAAAGCAAUGGUUGGAAAAGGCCUUAUUGGUGAUGUCCCUGUAAUGCUUGCCAAACCACAGACUUUUAUGAAUGCAAGUGGUGAGUCUGUUGGCCAGCUGGUUUCAUAUUUCAAGAUUCCACUUAAUCAAGUUGUUGUGAUCUACGACGAUCUUGAUUUACCCUUUGCGAAAUUACGUCUACUGCCAAAGGGGGGACAUGGUGGGCAUAAUGGGAUGAGAAGCGUUAUCCAUCAUUUUAAAGAAAGCCGUGAUUUUCCACGCCUAAGGAUUGGCAUCGGACGACCAACAGGAAUGAUGGAAGUCAUUGGUUUUGUUCUACGUUCGUUCACGGAGGAAGAACAAAAGGAGCUUGAUUCCACCUUCCUCAGGUGCUUGCAAGCAGUGCGGAUAAUGUUGCUCGAAGGAUUCAACAAGAGUGCGAUCUUUGUAAACACUCCAUGUCCACAGCCACCAGAAACGUUGGAUAGACAAAAACAAUCUGAUAUAGACAGCGCAGAGACUCAAGCUGAAGUGUAAAUUAGUUUGUUCGGGUUAGAGAAUUAGUCGGGUAGCUGCACAUAGCACAACGGACAGUUGUCCCCGAGUAUACAUACAUGUAGUAUCCCAAACCGAAAAUUUAUCUUUUUUUACGCCUUUGAUUGACGGCAUAACAGGAAUAUUAUGAAAUUGCAGGCUGUAUCAUUAUUCCCUAGAGGAGAUUAUCUAUUUGUUCAAUGAAGCCUGUGUUUCUUCUU